AUCCACUUUGUUCUUUGUGUUGUGCGGAAUAUCGACCUUUGAAUGCCUAUUUUCAAGAUAUAUAAGGAACGGUUUCUCCUGGCCGAUGUUAGACGGGAAAGUUUGAGCCCCAUCUAAAAAACAGGUCUUUAUGUUAUAUUGAUGUUUAUAUAUUUAUAUUAUUGCCUUUUUAUAUUCUUUCAUCUCUUUCAACCUGCCUCAACCCCCUUAUUUCUUUUUCUUUUUAACAUUCUUCCUUGUGUUACUCUAGGGUCCUUCCUUCUUGAGCUCAACGUAGCUCUGGAGUUUGAUAAGUAUAUGGAUUAUCCUGAAGACAGCAAGCUUAGGUGGGCCUGUAACUUUAUCAGCUAUUCCCCGGGUUUUAGUGGGUCUUGCUACCAGUUACGGAGUACUUACUUAGUAUUGCCCAGGGGUUUACCCAACGGCUACACGCAACCAGAACUUACUAACUGGCGAGCACCUCCUGACCUGGCAGUACAUGGUACUAGUACAGCUAUCACCCGAGAUGCUUGUACCAUUGCCCAGGUACCGAACACGUGACCUAUCUCGAGCCUAUGCGGUCGGUUGAUGCUGGUGGUACUCGGUAGAUAGAAGCUAUUGUACGGCAUAUUAGUAGUACAUAUGUACUAUGGAACCCCAAGGUUAUGC